ACCGUGAAACACUUCUGUUUCUCACAGACCUGGGGCAAACACAUCAAGACAGAGCUCAAAGCCAAGCAAAGCAGCUGCAAAAUGAACCUUCUUCCCUCCUUCUCUAUGGAGACAUGGGCCCUCCUGCUUAUUUUCAUAGCCCUCGUGAUAGUAUACGGGAUCUGGCCAUAUGGUGUCUUCAAGAAGUUGGGCAUUCCCGGGCCCAGACCUCUGCCUUUCUUUGGGACGUGCCUGGAAUAUCGUAAAGGUUUUGUGGAGUUUGACAAUGAAUGUUUCCAGAAAUAUGGGAGAGUCUGGGGGAUUUAUGAUGGCAGGCAACCUGCAAUUGCUGUGAUGGACCCUCAAAUCAUUAAAUCUGUGCUGGUUAAAGACUGUUACUCCACCUUUACCAACCGGAGGAGUAUAGAUCUAGCAGGAGUACUGAAGAAUGCUGUCUCAUUAGCUGAAGAUGAACAAUGGAAAAGGAUUCGUACUGUGCUCUCUCCAACCUUCACCAGUGGGAAACUAAAGGAGAUGUUCCCUAUAAUGAAGCACUAUGGGGAACUUUUGGUGAAAAAUGUUCAAAAGCAAGUGGGAAAGGACAACACUCUAUCUGUGAAGGAACUCUUUGGAAGCUACAGCAUGGAUGUUGUCACCAGCACAUCAUUUGGUGUGAACAUUGACUCCAUGAACAACCCCAAAGACCCUUUUGUCAGAGAGAUGCAGAAGCUGGUCAAGUUUGACUUUUUUGACCCAGUCUUCAUCUUAUCAUUUACAUUUCCAUUCCUUAUUCCUCUGAUGGCCAAGAUGAACAUAAGCUUCUUCCCAAGUGAUGCUGUAGAUUUCUUCAUGAGAUCCCUCUCCAAAAUUAAGCAGGAUCGUGAAAAGGAGACUCACAAAGGCAGAGUAGAUUUUCUGCAGCUGAUGAUCGAAUCUCAGAAUUCAAACAAUCACAAGAACAAUGAAGCAAAUCACUCAGAUAAAGCUCUGACUGACAUAGAGGUCCUGUCACAAGCAUUCAUCUUCAUAUUUGCUGGGUAUGAGCCCACUAGCAACAUACUUUGUUACCUGGCCUAUGAACUGGCCACGCACCCUGACGUGCAGCAAAAACUGAUGGAGGAAAUUGACACAGCUCUACCCAACAAGGCUCCUCUCACAUACGAAGCAAUAAUGCAGUUGGAAUACCUGGACAUGGCACUGAAUGAAACCCUUCGGCUCUUUCCCAUUGGAGGGCGGCUUGAGAGAGUUUGCAAGAAAGAUGUAGAAAUAAAUGGAGUGACCAUUCCCAAAGGAACUGUUGUUAUAAUCCCACCCUAUACUCUGCACCGAGAUCCCGAGUACUGGCCAAACCCAGAAGAGUUCAGACCAGAAAGGUUCAGUAAGGAAAACAAAGAUACUAUAGAUCCAUAUACAUACCUGCCCUUUGGAGCUGGUCCCAGGAACUGCCUUGGGAUGAGAUUUGCUCUCCUGACUCUGAAAGUUGCCAUUGCCAGCCUAUUGCAACAUUUCACCUUCCAUACUUGCAAAGAAACUCAGAUCCCUCUCAAGCUGAGUUCACAGGGGUUCUUAAAACCAACAAAACCAAUUAUUCUGAAGUUAGUCUCCCGGACCAAGGCUCCAUCUGCAGAGGCAUAAACCCCAGCUGCACCUGCAACAAUCCUCCAGCAUCUCAUGAGGGCUGUGAUAACAAAGGGAUCACUCCUACACAUACAGACCAGAAGAGAAGCUCUAGUUAAUUCUCAAAGCAAAUACUAAACAUUUACCAACAAACAUUGCUGUCAGAAAUGUAACGUGGAUCACUGGGCAGUGACAACACACAGUUGUCCUUAAUUUUGAUUGCAGAAAAUCAGAAAUCCGAAUGAGAGGCUGAUCAUCCCCUUCGAAGGGAACUUUGCCAUCUAGAGAGAAGGAAUUACUCUCAGAUCCAAAGAAACAAGGUGUGAUGGAAAUUCAAAUCACCAGACAUUACUGGGCAGAGCCCAGUGACACUCUUGAUAUACUGAUGCUUGAAAUUUCAUGUGUUAUAAUCGAGAUGACUGGUGUGAGACUACAUCCUAGUUACCAAACCUCUUGUGCUAUGUGUUAAUCAAAGUGUAUACAAAUACUGUCAUUAAAAAUGUUUGAGAGCUGC